CAUGAGGAUGGAAGCGGUCACUCUUGCAUACGAUGGACUACGAAGAUCGACUUUUUUUGAAAUUAGGGUGCUGCCAUGGAUGUCGAUUUAUUAUGACAGGAGGAAGCAAGCUCUUCAAGUAAGUACUCCUGAAGGACAAGGUAGGGCGCCGAUUAUGACAGGUAGGGUGCCUCUGUCCUGCUCUUGAAUUACUCCUGUACGACAAACUCGGAAAGCCUCGGAAUUUUUUCACAACCAGGGGCGAUGUUGAGCAGUUGUGUCAACCCCGCCAAGAUGAAGCACAAUAAGAAGCCACCGGUUCUGUCUCAUACUCUUUGGAGGAGCAUUUUCAUUGUUUCUUGUGUUGAACUUUGCUCCUGCAAGAACAGCCGUGCAUGCAGUUCUCGACGAAGCAUCUUCUACCAUAGACCACAGGUUAUCCAAGAAAAAUGUGCGUGCCCCCUCAUAUACGUG